GACUACUUAGUUGUCCUGCUUGAUUCUGCACUAAGCCGAGGCGGGGCCCUCCCACCCUUUGCCAUUGAAUUUUCCUGCUCUUGCGAGGCGACUCGGUACGCCGGGGCAGCUACAUUCCAGAUUCUCUCUAACACUGGGCGCUUCGGAGACAGCCAUCCUGUCGGUCGUAGCAACUGGUAUACUUCAUCACGGGCAACGCCUAACUCUGGUCAUGAAGAGAUCUUGGAAGAAUCGAACCACAGAUUGCUUUCAGCAAGCAAUAUGCUCUACAAUUUUGCUGCUUGGCGGUACGCUUCACAUUGGCAUAACGUUCUGACAAGAGCUGGCCUUCGUCUGCUAGCUAACUGGGCCUACUACCGUAGCCAUCAGGCCAGUGGUGUUGUUGAGGGAGUUGGAACUCAUCAAUCGAUCAGUCUCAGUCCAUUGCCCGUGGUCAUUCAUCCGAUCGGCUGUCUCUCUGUUUGGCUUCACUUACUGUUUCGUUGGAAUAGGCCCGCUAGAAUGUGGAUUUCUCAUAGGCCUUAA